AUGACUAUGAUUGUAUUUGAAAUUGAACUUAAGAGUUGUGUCUUGAAUCUAUCAUUUGCUAACUCUAACCAUGAGAAAGCACUCAAGUUCUCCAAGGUACUUUUUCUCCUUCUAUAUGAUCCAUGCAAUGGCAUCUCGCGUAGUUAUCACAAUGAUGUAAUGAAAAAGCAUGAGUAUGAUGAUGUUUUUAUGGAGGUUUUGACUUGCAUUUCUCUGAUGAUUAGAGGCAGCAAACAUAUUGUCUUGUACUUAUGUGGUUUUAAGAAACUCUCUGUAGAAGGCAGUGAAGAAGACAGUUCACAAACUGGUGUGAACAGAGCCAACAAAGGUGGACUUAUCUAUGGAAACUACCUUCAACUGGAGAAAGUUUUGAAUGCACAAGAACUUCAAAGUGAAAUAAAAGGAAAUAAAAUCCAUGAUGAGCAUCUUUUUAUCAUAACUCAUCAAGCUUAUGAACUCUGGUUUAAACAAAUCCUCUGGGAAUUAGACUCUGUUCGAGACAUCUUUCAGAAUGGUCAUGUUCGUGAUGAAAGGAAUAUGCUCAAGGUUGUUACUCGAAUGCACCGAGUGUCAGUGAUCCUUAAACUUCUGGUUCAACAAUUUACUGUUCUGGAAACAAUGACAGCUCUGGACUUCAAUGAUUUCAGAGAGUACUUGUCUCCAGCAUCAGGCUUCCAGAGUUUGCAGUUCCGACUUCUGGAAAACAAGAUUGGUGUUCUUCAGAGCUUGAGAGUCCCUUACAACAGAAGACAUUACCGGGACAACUUCAGAGGGGAAGACAAUGGACUGCUACUUAAGUCUGAGCAGGAAAAAACACUUCUGCAGCUAGUGGAGGCAUGGUUGGAAAGAACACCAGGUUUGGAGCCUAAUGGAUUUAACUUCUGGGGAAAGUUUGAAAAGAACAUUGCCAAAGGCCUAGAAGAAGAACUCAUAAGAAUCCAGGCUAAAGAAGAGUCAGAGGAAAAAGAGGAACAAAUGGCUGAAUUUCAGAAACAAAAAGAAGUGCUACUCUCCUUAUUUGAUGAAAAACGUCAUGAACAUCUCCUCAGUAAAGGUGAAAGACGAUUGUCAUACAGAGCACUUCAAGGGGCAUUAAUGAUAUACUUUUACAGGGAAGAGCCCAGAUUCCAGGUCCCUUUUCAGUUGCUGACGUCUCUUAUGGACAUAGACACACUCAUGACCAAGUGGAGAUAUAACCACGUGUGCAUGGUACACAGAAUGCUGGGCAGCAAGGCUGGCACUGGAGGUUCCUCAGGCUAUCAUUAUCUGCGUUCAACAGUGAGUGACAGGUACAAGGUGUUUGUAGAUUUAUUUAACCUUUCAACAUAUCUGGUUCCCCGACACUGGAUACCAAAGACGAACCCAAUUAUUCAUAAAUUCAUUUACACAGCUGAAUACUGUGACAGUUCUUACUUCAGCAGUGAUGAGUCAGAUUGAAAAAUCAUCUGUAAAAAUUCUCUGUAGAACAUGUUUUUAGUCUGUUGUUUUUUAUAUGUAUGAAUGUUCAUGAAUCCAUAAAAAGUCCAAAGUGUAAUAUAUGUAUAUAUAUUGUCAAGCACUGUAGUGUUCUGAUUCAAUCUGGAGUAAUUGUAUUACUUCAUUUUUAUAGUGGUAUAAUAUUAAAUAUUCUUCUUUUUUUCUUUCUUUUCUACCAGAGCACUGCUUAGCUCUGGUUUAUGGUGGUGUGAGGGAUUGAACCUGGGACUUCUGAUCCUCAGGCAUGAGAGUCUCUUUGCAUAACCAUUAUGCUAUCUACCCCUGCAAUAUUAAAUAUUCCAAUAAGAAAUUAAUUCAGUUAAGUUGUAGCAUUGUACAUAAGGUGAUUUCCUAUUAAAAACUUGGUGUCCCCUGACAGCUUUAUGUGAUAAUUUAAUGCAAUCAGUAUCUCAGUUUCAUGCUUCAUGAGCUUGUAAACUUGAGCUAUUUCAGAUGUUAUGCAAUAAAACGUGUUGUUCUGUA